AUGGAACUUCCUAUUGUCUUAAGAGAAAAUUCAAAUGGUGUUUAUACAAUAUCAACAUAUUUUUUGGGAAAAAAUAUUGCUGAGCUUCCACAGUAUAUUAUCCUACCAGCUAUCUAUAAUGCAAUCGUCUAUUGGAUGGCUGGUCUCGUACCAGAUGUCGGGACAUUUAUAUUCGCAACUUUCAUCUGUGCACUGAUUGCCAAUGUGGCUAUUUCAGUCUCCUAUGCAACUGCAACCAUUUUUGGCUCAACAGAUGUCGCUAUGACAUAUCUUCCAAUUUUUGUUGUUCCAAUGCUAGCAUUUGGAGGAUAUUUCAUCACUUACGAUGCUAUACCUGGUUACUUCAAAUGGCUUUCUAGUCUAUCAUACUUCAAAUAUAGCUACGAAGCGCUCGCCAUUAACGAAUGGGAGAUGAUUGAUGUAAUUCCAGGUAAUAGUAAGAUUAGUCAGUAAAU